UUUUCUUUUUUUUUCCCCUCCCAGGAAGCUGCGAUGUAAUGUAAUGUCUGUGUCAUCCGCUCACUGCGACAGCCCAGCAUCCUUUGUCUGGUGAUGAACCCCGCUUUGGCAACAUGAGUCCUCCGCUCUUCGCUGCGGGGAUGACGGCCUCCAUCGCUCCUGUGUGACCGUUGGCAUCAACAUGGCGUCUUCCAGUUACACCUGCAUCAGAGACAGCGCCACAGAGAAAGACAAGCUGCUCUCCUCCGUGGGCAGCUAUGGGUCUCAGGAUCUCCUCGGAGGUGGGAGCCUUCUUCCCACUGGUCUGGUGCAGCAGCAGCAGGAGGAGGAGGAGGAGGCGCUGAGAAGGAAACUCAAGUACUUCUUCAUGAGUCCUUGCGACAAAUAUCACGCAAAGGGACGCAAGCCCUUCAAACUGGGCCUGCAGCUGCUGAAGAUCAUCAUCGUGACCGUGCAGUUGGUGCUGUUUGGACUGAGCAACCAGAUGGUGGUGACGUUCAAGGAGGAGAACACGGCGGCGUUCAAACACCUCUUCCUGAAGGGUUACCAGGACGACGCUCCCCAGGCUGUCCACACGCAGACGGAGCUGUACAGCCGCAUCCACUUCGCCAUAGAGCAGUACUUGUCUCUGCCACAGAUCUCUCUGGGAAGGUAUGCAUACGUGUUGGGUGUCGGUGCGAACGGCAGCGCGCUCUCCCUCUGCCAGAGGUACUACAAGAGGGGCACCAUCGACCCGGUCAACGACACCUUUGACAUCGACCCUCACGUCGUCACUGCUUGCAUUGGACUGAAUCCACUGACUCACAGCUUGGCCCCGGAAAACACUGACUACAAGAAUUUCACUCUCAAAUUUUACAAGCUGAUCAAUGUAACAAUUGACUUCCAGCUGAAGGCCAUCAACAUUCAGACCAUCAUAAACAAUGAAAUCCCAGACUGCUACACCUUUGCUAUCACAAUCCUCAUGGAUAACAGAGCGCACAGCGGCAAAGUUAAGAUCAGUCUCCUGAACCAAGCGUCCAUAAAGGAGUGCAAGGACCCCAACGUGUCUGGACAUGCCGAGAGCUACGCGAGGGAGUUCUUUGACGUGCUGGUGGCGAUCGUCUGCCUGUUGUCCCUGCUGCUGUGUGGGCGCUCCAUCCUCAGAGGCAUCCUCCUGCAGCAUGAGUACGUGCAGUUCUUCAAACACAAACUCGCCCGCAGCGUGUGCUUGGGAGACAGACUGGAGUUCAUCAACGGCUGGUAUAUUCUGCUCAUCAUCAGCGACGUGUUCACCAUCUUGGGCAGCUUCAUCAAAAUUGGGAUAGAGUCUAAGACGUUGUCAUCGUAUGACGUGUGCGGGAUCCUGCUGGGAACCUCCACUCUGCUGGUGUGGGUGGGAGUCAUCCGUUACCUCAGCUUCUUCCAGAAAUACAACAUUUUGAUUGUGACUCUACGAGCCGCCUUUCCGAAUGUUAUCCGCUUCUGCUGCUGCGCGGCUGCUAUUUAUUUGGGAUACUGCUUCUGCGGAUGGAUUGUGCUGGGGCCCUAUCAUACGAAGUUCCGCUCUUUGUCCAUGGUGUCCGAGUGCCUGUUCUCCCUGAUCAACGGGGACGACAUGUUCGUUACAUUUGCCGAGAUGGAGAAGAGCGGGACCCUGGUGUGGAUCUUCAGCCAGGUCUACCUUUACACCUUCAUCUCCCUCUUCAUCUACAUGGUCCUGUCCCUCUUCAUCGCGCUCAUCACUGGGGCCUACGACACCAUCAUGGCACAAACACAGGAGCAGGUACGCAUCACAGAUCUGCACGCGUUCAUCGCACAAUGCACGGACACGCCCAGCUCCGGCAAAUUCAGAGUACCCGAGGGCUCGUCCUGCUCCUUCCUCUGCUGCUGUGAGUGGUGAGGAGGAGGUGGUGGAGGAGGAGGAGGAGGCGGCAGCAGCUUGAUGUGGAAUGGCGUCUUUUUUUUUCCUUCUUCUUUCUCUCUUUAAAGCACCAUAUUACCACUCGAGUGACGGCUCCUUUGUCCAGGCAACCAGCAGGGGACGAUAAAUGCCUCGAGACCGACUGACCUUGCACAACGUUGUCCUCUGCCGGGCCCGUUUUUAGACUUCUGCAUUUAAUUUUAUGCUGGAACGGUUGAUUGCGCUGCACAGUCACAUGCACAGUUUACCUGCCCCAGCUUUUGUACUGUAUGAAUAAUUUAUAGUCGCCUCCGUCUGAAAUGUCAGUUUGUGAGGGUUCGAUGAGUAGGCGCAUUAUGCCGGUAAACACAUUCACCGCUGUAGACUGGACGCGACGUCCACUAAGUGAAACAAAUUUAGAUUUUCGCUUGAAUGACUCCGCCGCAAACAGGGUUUCUACGUUAGCGUUUUAGGAUUUUUUUGUGCCUCCUGAUUAUGUAAAUAUAUGCGUGUUUUGGAGGUACAAUAGGUCAGAGAGGCCAGAUGAUGAAACGUGACCAUUAGCUGCUGCAUUAGGUUCCGCAAAAUUUCCAGCCGAGGCCACUCUGCUCAAAUUUGCUCGCUCUUCAUCCCCUUUGUUCUUCGUUCUCCUGUGGCCUGAAGAUGAUGGCUGCGCGAGGAAGGACAAGCCCUGCAGCCAGCCAGUCUGUCAUCAAUAUGUAUGAACUGAUUUCGCUUUAAGGCGACAGUCCUAAUGCACUCCGUUUUUACUGACGUUACUCUAGAAAUUUCCGAUCAACCGGGGUCAACUGACGUUCAAAUUAAGACGUGUUGCGUUAUUCUAUUAUUAUGCUAAACUAUGCUAGGCAGCUUUGAGAGGCUGUGUUUCAUGUAACCUGUCAGAUUUGGCAUCUGACAUCGAAGCCGCAUUUUUAAUUAAUUUUUAAUUUAUUUUUUCUGUGAAUUAAUUAAGGGAAUCUCUACAAACCAGCUGUUCUGAACCUUCAACAUUUCUAAAGAAAUAUUGCUCUUACAAGCUAACUGAGGUGGUAAUGCUAUUCCAGCAUGCCGCUUAAGGUCACAUGAAGGGCAGGGCUCAGUGGAAGUGGGAUUUUCACUGUGCAAAGAUCAAGACAAAGGGAACAAAUGGAUGUGAGAUGCUGCACUGAUUUAUUUCCUCACUUACAUGUUAAAUGAUUAAUAUUGUUUGCACACACAAAGAGGUAAAAUAUGUAUGUUCUCGUUUAUGCACAUUUAUUUAUUUCCACUCAGUGAAGACUAGUGCACAGGUUAGUUUGGUUGAAUAUGUCACACGGGAUUUGUAUGUUCCGUAUUUGCUGUGUUGGAUUAAUGGUAGUGUUUGCUGAUCGCUCGUACACUUCUUUUUUUUUUGCUCUCUUAAUUACUUUUUACCUCAUUUUUAAAAGAAGCAGUCGAUUGCUGGUAGGGAUCUGUCUGGUUUCCGUACAGGAGAAGGACUUUGCACUGUUUUGUAUCGUUUCUGUUUAGAUGUUGCCUUUCAAAAUGUCGUCAAAAUAAACUGGACAAAUGCUA